GUUCAAGGUCGUUGAAACGAAAGAGCGGGCACAUCCGAUGGGACCUAACGUUUAAACCGGCAAUCUGUAAUAAGUGUGAGCAAAUUUUGUGCGUUCUCCAGGUCGUCAAAUCACCUUGUCUGUUCUAUUUUCCAGUCUUUCUGACGUUACUUUGCAUGUUCCACCAGUACACAAAGUACCUCCUGACCUGAUGCUACAUAAUGGUCUUCCAAACUUCGGGUUGUAGACGAAGCUUAUUUUUAAUUUAUCGGCAUCUCAAUGUUACUUUAUAAAUGUCACAAAAGCAAUUGCUUGUUUGUGCUUUGUAUGAUUAUAACCGUCAACAUACCGAUGAGCUUUCAUUUAAAAAAGGCGACGUACUAAGAGUUUUGAAACAAUUAGAAGGUGGUUGGUGGGAAGGUAGUUUGAAUGGAUUCGUUGGCUGGUUUCCUAGUAACUAUGUAACAUAUGCUACCAGCUCAGAUGAGAAGGGUAAUCCCACUACUGAUGAAAGUUCGUUGAUACACUUACAAAACUUUCAAAACGAGAUUAUACAACAUGUUUUAGAAGGUGAAUUAAGACAAGUUAGUGAGCUAUCUCAGUUAUUGUCAGUAUUUAUGAUUAACCUGGAGCCUCUACUUCACUUAUCAUUCUUGAACAAACUCGUCAAUUUAAGAGACAUAUUAUUUCAAACCAUUAGUAUACAUCAACAUUUGGCCUCGGCUUUAACAGAAAUGAAAUGUACACAUGGACCAAAAUGUAUGGGUCGGCUAUUUUUAGAUUUUGCUCCAGCAAUUAACGCAGUCGGGUGUGAUUAUUCAAAAAUUUAUUUACAUGUUAUAACAGGAUUAGAAGAACAUAUUACAGAAGUAACAAAAUAUAUGAGUUCAUUUAAUAUUAAAUUACAAUUGGUCCAUUGUAAGCAACAACUCACUCUUAUAUUUGAACGUUUGGGUCGUUAUCCUUUACUUUUAAAAGAGAUGGAACGCUAUUUAGAGGAGCCACAUGUUGAUCGACCCGACAUUCUUCAUGCAAUGAAUGUUUAUAGUGAAAUAACGGAAAGGUGUGCAAUCCUUAGAAAAUUUAAAGAGUAUGAUAUUAAUGUAUUACUGUCAGUAAUAAAUGGAUGGCGAGGACCGCCUAUACAACAACUUGGUGACCCAAUUCUCACUCUCCGUGUUCUCCUAGUCAACAUACAAGUAAACCAAUCAACGAUAACCCUACCGGAUUUCAUCCAUAUAAAUGAUAUAUUAACAAGAAAAACACAAUUAUCAUUAUUGGUUAUAUUUCCUACCUGUGUGCUCCUGUUGGCUAGAACAAACCAAACUAAUGUUUACGAUUAUACUGUCAAAAUACCACUGAAGAAUUUGGCUGUGAUUAGAUCGACCGGAAGUGAAACAGAUUUAGAUUUAUUGAUUAAAGAUCUUAAUUCCAUGAAUAUGGAUGUUAUUCCUUGUCAAAUAACACUUGCAUGUACAGAUCAAAAUGCUAGAGAUCUUUUGGUAUCUACAUUAACUGACCUAAUACAAUAUCAGACCCAGAAUGAACAACAGUCACCAGAUAUUGAUCAAUGUCAUAUAAAAAACGAGAGUAUUUCUUUGGACUUCUUCAGUCAACCUGAUGCGAGUAGUUUGGACAAACAUGGAAAUACAUCUCUAAGUUCUUUACCUUUACGAAAGGACACACUAGAUAAUGACAAAUUAAAGUCAUCAUCAAAAGUAGCAAGAGAUGAAAAUAAUCAGAUUGAUCAGCAUCAAUCAACACUGGUGAUGUCGACAUUGUCCAUGAAAGAUCCUCAAAGUUUCAAGUUUCCUCCUGACUCCACUGACAAUUUGGCUGUUCAACACACUUACACAAAAGAUAUUUCUAAAAUAUCCUUUGUCAAUAAUGAUAAUGCUGUAAAAAUCACAGAUAACUGUAAUUUCAUCAGCAGUUCGAUUAACAAUAAGGAUGAUAAUAAACGUCGCUUCUCUUCAUCAUUGAAAAAAAGUAAAACUCCUAGACCAUUAACUGAACCAUCGAAUAUAUGUGCUGAAGAACUAAACAAUGAAAGUCAACAUCAUCAAUCAUCCGUUAUUGACCCUCAAUCAAAACAAAUCUCCACACCAGUGGAUAACACCUGCACAGUGGUUCUAACUUCAGAUAUAUUAACAUCAUCUUCAGGCUUACGUUUUUUACCGCACAGAAUUACUACUAAUGCCCAUGUUCUCUGGUUUGAUAUUGAUAAAUCGAUAGUUGGUACACGACAUUCAUAUUCAACAUCGAUUGAUUUGCCUAGUAUUAUUCCUUAUAAAAAUAAUGAACAAUUAUCAUCUGAUAAUGACUUAAUUCAUGCAAUUCAUUGUCUUCGUGUCGAUGGUCCAUUAGAUUUUAAUAGAGACGAUAGAAUCGGUUCAGUUAAUGCAUUAAAUAAUUUGGGAUUGCUUAUUGAUCAGAAUAUUCCUGGUCUGUUGGUAGAUUUUUCUAUUUCGCACAAGAAUCAACACAACCAUGUGAGAGCUCAAAGUCCUAAGGUUACCGUUUCAAGUAAGGAAUCACGUCGUAAACGUGGUGAUCGUCAGAAAAGUGCUAUCACUGCAGAAGAUGUAUUACGUUCAGCUGGAAAAAUCCGUAAAUUAUAAUGUUCAUGUAUUGUUUCAAUUUAUUGUCUUCUACUUUUUUUGUAUUAAAUACAAACUGGCUUUUAACUAUAACUAUUCUUGUAUGUACUAGUUUGUUUAUGCAUGCACUUACAAAGUUCAAUGCUUUUAAUUAGAUUCAAGUUAUGAUUGUAAUGAAUUUGUCAUGAUUAAACUAGCUUAUGAUCAUCAACCUUUUUAGAAGUCAGACGAGAUAUUUUCAAAUGUAUCAAGUUAAAUUAAAUGGGUUUAUUUCGUCAAUGUUAGUGAAUUCACGUUUCUCAAAUGUGAUUACUACUACUUUUUUGUUUUGUUUAAAGGCAUUAUUAGAUCCCUUAAGUUAUAUUUGACUAAUCAUUAUUCAAAUUACAAGUAUAUCCACUCAUUCCUUAAAUUAAGAUUAAGUAUAUCAGAACUCAAUAUUUUGCUAAGCGCUAUCUGACCACAGUUUAAUUUUUACCAUAAAGCUAUUGAAAAGAGUCAUGUAUAGUAUAUAGAAUAACUAAAUCAUCAUUUCAUGCAAUUAGUUGCCUUUAUGAAUUUAAAUAAAGCCAGAAAAAAUAUUGAUGCAGAAUAAUAUGAAUUCAUUAUAUUUCGUGGAUUCUCAUCAACUGCUUACAACCAAAUAUGUAUUAGAAUUUUACAUAGAGAUAAGAAAUAGUAUGGAACAAUUAACAUAAAUGAAUGUAAAUGAUUGCAAUGAAAAUGUUAUCAUUGAUAACUAUAUAUAUAUGCAAGAACAGGUCAGAGGUUACUAGGUGUUAGAACCAAGCUGGUGGAUUCUAGAGACAGUUAAGAUAAAUUGUGUGAUCACUUUAGAGGUAAUAAGUUUAUUACUGUCUCUUUUUGAAUACCUAAAUCCGGUCUAAGUUUUUUUUUAUCGCUAUCGCUUCAUCAUUAAUUCAUUUAGUAUUAUUGUCAUUUAGUUGAUAGAUUUUCUUCUUGAUGUGUCAAACAUAGCUUAAUAGAUCAUUUUGCUUUUGUACAAUGUAGUAUAUCAAACUUUCUGUCUGUCCGUGUUUAUGUUGUUAUGGCAACAAUCUCAAAGACGUUUAGAUAAGUAUCUUGGAUAACUUUUUUCGUACCUAACGCACAUAAAUUACUUUUUUGAUAUUCUUCUUUUUUCUAUUUCGAAUUAAAUUAUAUCUUCCAACUUCAUUAUUGAUUAUUAAGUGAUAAAUGCAUUGCUAAAAUUCUUGUUAACGAUAAAAUAUGUUGGGAGAUUGAUCACAAAUAAAUGUAUUGGCUAUGUGAUGUGCGCUACGUAUAUCCACAUAAGUAGUAUAUAACGGUGGUCAGGAAUAGAGUGUAUUUCAGUAGAAGAUCGGGUAGGAAAGAACGGGAGCGGAAAGCAAUUAGUAUAAAAAUGCAUGAACAACUAAAUCUAAGACGAUGAACUGAUAUUUACAAAAGGAACAGUCACCUUUGAGACAAUGGAUUGUUAUUUUGCAAAUUAACUAUUUACUGUAUGGUUCUCAGAUUUUAGUGAGAUGUUCUAUAAUUUUGUGCUCGAAUACAUUCUAUUUGUCCCAACUCGUGUUCUUGUUCACUACAGUUACACACUGUAAUUGUCAUAGAGCUUCUCAUGAUAUAUAUGUAUAUAUGCUUUUUUUGUAAAUCCGAUUAUAUUUCCGUUCAUAUUUAAUUCCUUCAAUCAAAUGCUUGACUUUGCCUACUUACUCACUAGUUGAUUUGUUCGUGGUAAAUAUGUUGUUUGUCUUUAUUUGUUCAUUUCAUCGUCUCGCACAUAUCUCAUUCUCUUUAAUUUGAUUUUAAUGUGAAUCGUGCUAAGCUAAUCAAUCAAUAAAUUAAUUUAGUUUAUGACUCCUUUCGUUUGUCAUCCUGUUUUUUUUCAAUGAUUAGAUGAAAAUGAACUUCGAACGGCGGAUGAUACAAAAAUUUUACAAGUUAUUGAAGCAUAUUGCGCUAGUUCAUGGACACAUCCCAGUUAUCGAACAUUAGACUCUGUAAAAAAUGAAUGUCAAAUAGGUGGUCAAGGUAUUCUAUCACCAGUUGAAAGCCGAACAUUAUUACAACAUUUCCGUUAUCCUAAAAAGCUGUCUACAUCAUUUCUGUCCGCAUCAUCAUCGGGCAUGCAUUCAAGACAAGAACAAAACUCACAUAUAACAGAUGCUUCCAUAUUUGAGUUGUCUCGACAAAGCUUACCUCUUUCUAUGUUUAGUUCAAAAGCAUCAUUGAAACGAUCUGAAUCAAAGAAUAAAUCACAAACAUGCUUAUCACAAGAUGAUACAGUUUGUUUAAAUCAGAAUGUGGCAGCUAAUGUGAUCAAUUCAAACAGUAAGAUUAUCUCAAGUGUUACAACUAAUACUAGUUGUACUAACUGUACUCCAUGCAAUCCUAAUCAAUCUUCCAAUUAUACGCAUAACAUACAAUGUGAAUCAAUUUUAAAAACAUUUUCACCACCUCCAGUAAUUCUACCAACACACAGUGGUCGACGUUAACUUGACGAAUUAUCCAUGUUUAUUAUUUUGUGAUCUAUAUUUGUUUACUUCAGUUUCAUCUCUAUAAUUAUGGCGUAUUUCAUUAUUUUUAAAUUAAGGCAUUUAGUUAUUUACUUGUUUUGUUAUCGGAUUUAGUAUUUGUCAUUUGUUCCACUGGUUUAUUAUUAUUAUCAUCAUUUAUUUACUUUUUUUCCUUUAACACCUAAACGAUAAUAUUCUCAAUAUCCUUAUAAUUUUCAUCAUUGUUUUUUAUUAAUGAUAAAUAUUUGUCUUUUUGUUCAAGUUAUUGAAUUUGUUUUAUUGUGUAUUCACUAUUCAAUUCAGCUGAUGAUGGUAUUGUUACUACAACAACAACUAUUACUACUACUGCUAAUCCUACCACUACUAUUACUCCUAGUGAUGUUAUUAUCAUUAUCACUAUUAUCUUUAUUAUUACCUGUACUGGUAACAUUCUAUUAAUAAAGAUUGAAAACAGUUUCAU